AUCGAGUUCGUCGACCACCACAUCCACGUGCCGGUCCAGAAGCAUCGGCACCUCCCCAUGGUGUCGGUGUCCCAGAAGUUCGUGGACGUCCCGCAGGUGGAGAUCGUGGACAAGAUCGUGGACGUGCCCGUACAGAGGCAGGUGCACGUGCCCAUGAUCCAGCAGGUCCAGAAGACCGUGGAGGUCCCGCAGAUCGAGUUCAUCGACCAGCAUGUCCACGUGCCUGUCCAGAGGCACAGGGAGAUCCCGGUCCACACCGUGGCGCAGAAGUUCGUGGAGGUGCCCCAGGUGGAGUUCAUCGACCGAGUAGUCGACGUGCCCGUCUUCAAGCAGGUCCCCGUGCCGCAGGUGCAGACGGUCCAGAAGACGGUCAACAUCCCGCAGGUCGAGUUCGUGGACACGGACGUGCAGGUGCCCGUCGUGAAGCAGCGCCACGUGCCGGUCAUCCAGAAGGUCCAGCGGCCCAUGGAGGCGCGCCCAGGGGCGGCGAAGAGGGGGGGCAUUGGCACCAUGGGCGCCUGA